AUGGAAACAACUCAUCCACAAUUUAUUGAUGAUGAAUGGUCAGACGAUGAAAGUAUUAAGCAAAUAGGAACUUAUUUUGGAGUAGAUGAAUUAGUUGCAAUCUCUCGUUAUUUUCAAAGUGAGGAAGAUUUUAUUAAAUUUAUUCAAAUACGUUCAUCAUAUCAAGAAGUGUUAGAAUCAUUCAUAUUUAAUCCUAUCUCAUCAACAAGAUUAUUUCCUAAUAUUCAAAUUCAAUUUUUGUAUUCAGAUAAAGAUAAAUUACUUCCAGAUAUUCAUUAUUUUGUUUUUUGUUAUGAAUUACCUUAUUCUACUGCCGUAAUAUUAAAAGAAAAAAUGAUCACUUGUACUAAUGUAAUUUACACAUACGAUGAUGUGGAUCAAUACGGAGAAGAAAUACCAAGGGAUUUAUCAAUUAAAAAACUAGAUGAAUCUUGUUAUGAAAAUAAUGAACAACUAAUAGAGUUAGUUCUACCUCAAACUGUAAAUACUCUUGGUAAUUGUUGUUGUAUUGAAUGUACAAAUUUGGAACGUGUAAUAUUAUCCACUUCUUUAACUUCUAUAGGAGAUAAUUGUUUUAGUGGAUGUAAAAAUCUUCAUACAAUUUAUUUUUCAACAGGGUUACAAAAAAUUGGAGAUGAUUGUUUUAAUGGUUGUAAAUCACUAGAACAUAUUAAAUUACCAUCUACAUUAAAAUCAAUAGGGGAUGGUUGUUUUAGUGAAUGUAAACAUUUAACAAGUUUAUACAUCCCUAAUUCAAUAACAUAUUUAGGGGGAGGUUGUUUUGAAUCUUGUACAAGUUUACAAGAAAUCAAAUUAUCUACUCAGAUCACUUCAAUACCAAAUGAUUGUUUUAGUAAUUGUUCAAUGUUAUCAUCGAUUCAUAUACCAAGCACAAUCAUUAAAAUUGGAGAUAGUAGCUUUGAGGAAUGUCUUUCUUUGUCUUCAAUUCAAUUUGAAUCUGUAGAAUCAAUUGGGAUAAGUGCUUUUAAAAAUUGUAUUCAUUUAACUUCAAUUCAAUUACCAACUACACUAACAUUAAUCAACAAUGAGUGUUUCUGUGGAUGCGUUCAAUUAAUGACCAUCAAAAUUCCUUCUAGUGUAUUAAUUCUUCCAAAGUACUGUUUUUGUGAAUGCUCUUCUUUAACAAAGGUGGAAUGUCCCAAUGAGUUACAAUAUAUUGGUGAUUAUUGUUUUGAAGAAUGCCCUUCAUUAAAGGAAAUGAAUCUUCCUUAUGACAUAUGUACAAUAGGUGCAGGUUGUUUCACAGGGUGUGAUCAACUUCAUAUUAAUUGA